AUGUCGGUGCUGUUCACGUCGAUUUCUCCGAAUAAUCCGGUCAAAAAGGGCGAUGUCCAAGAUCUUCUCCGACCCGUGGGCCUAUCCGUCGAACCGGACGAAGAAGAUGACUUCCAAACGCUACUAGCAGCGGUGCACGACUGUGCCGAGACCGUCUCGAACAUGCCGGACUAUCAGCCCGUGCCUGAUCUGGAUCGCUAUCCCCGUCAAAAUGUCCGACGUCCAUCCUCGGAGGAACAGGUCUUCGGCCACGCAUGGGCCCACAAGUUCCUCAUCAAGGGCAAUGCGAACGGCGGUCCUCUUGCGGGAAAGACCUUCAGUCUGAAAGACUGCAUCGCUGUGGCUGGUGUGCCUCAACUCCAUGGAAGCGAUAUCAUUCCGUCCUGGACGCCCGUCUCAGAUGCUACCGUCGUGACUCGUGUUCUGGACGCUGGCGCCGAUAUCCUGGGGACUUCGACUUGUGAGAAUUUGUGUCACUCGACUUCUUCGUUUACGAGUGCGCAGGGAACGAUUGAGAAUCCCUUCGCGACUGGGUAUUCUUCGGGGGGUAGUACUUCUGGAGGCGCUGCUUUGGUUGCGGCGGGUUUGGUGGAUAUCACUAUUGGUGGUGAUCAGGGGGGAAGUAUUCGAGUGCCGGCUUCGUUUUGUGGCUGUAUCGGCCUGAAACCCACAUUCGGCCUGGUGCCCUAUAGUGGGAUCAGCAGCGGCGAUGCUGUCAAUGAUCACACCGGACCUCUAGCUAGAAAUGUCCUCGACGUGGCCACAUGUCUGGACUCGAUCAGUGGGUACGACGGAAUGGACGACAGAUGCCUGGGAAGCCCCAAGCACGGCUCGACGCUCUACGCCAACACCCUCCAAACAGGGCCCACCCGACUCGACGGAUUCAAGAUCGCCGUCCUCAAGGAAGGAUUCGAACACAACAUGGUCGACCCAGCCGUGAAGAAGACCGUACAGGACGCGAUCCAAAAAUUCACCCAGCUCGGCGCCACGAUCGAAGAAGUGUCCAUCCCCGAACAUCUCCACGGACCCGCCAUCUGGACGAUCCAGCAACGCAUCGCCGGGUCCCAGAACCUGCUCGGCCACGCCACAGGCCGGCGAUCUCUCUACAUGACCGAAAUGGAGCGCGAACGACUCCCCUGGACGAACGAGGGCUUCCAGCGCGCAUACCCAGCCACCAAGAACGUGAUCAUCAACGGCCUCUACCUCUCCUCUCGGUUUCCCGACCUAUACAGCAAGACCAGCAACAUCGGCCGCAAACUUCGGGAUCUGUACGAGGACAUGUUCACGAAAUUCGACGUGGUGGUCAUGCCCACGACGCCGGUUGUUGCGCCGAGGAAUGCGAAACGCGGCCUGCCGAUCGAGUCCGUCACGCCGAGUUCCGGGUUGACCAUCAAUACGGCGAUCUUUAAUGUCACGGGGCAUCCGGCCAUGUCGAUACCGGUGGGUUUUGCGCCCGCGAAGGAUGACCCGCAGGUGAAAUUGCCGGUGGGUAUGCAGAUCGUUGGGGGGUUGUGGGAGGAGUCAAAGAUUUUGAGGGCUGGGCGCGCGUGGGAGACGCAUUUUGACUGGAAGGAAGGUGUAUAA